UCCUUUCGCCAUUUUCCAUUCCUCACAAACACUAUUUCGUCACAUUGCUGUUUCUUCCAUUCUUUCUCAUCUUCGAUUCUUCAUUUUCUCGACAAAUUUCUCUCCCAAUUUCCCCAUUUUCCAAUCCCUUUAAUCCCAAUAGAUCUUGCUCCUGAAUUUUUCUCUGCCCCUUUCAAUCUUGUUCGUUUCUCUCGUUGCUAGACACACCAUACCCACUCUCACUUCCCGAAGAUCUGGGGAUUUCUUCUCUUCUCUGGAGCUUUGAAUCCGAUCAAGAAAUUGUGGGUUUUGUUCCUUUUGUGAUCUUGAUUUGUUCUUGUUCAUCAUGCUUUGAGGAAUAUUGCGUUUCGAGGGUUGGAAUUGGCAUCUAGGGUUAAGUGAUUGGUGUUGGUGGUUGAUAUCGGUGCUGUUCAUGCGAGAGUCACGGGCUGGUUUCGAUGAAUAUGGAAAUCUCUUGCGAUGUGGCGUCGUUGGACGCUGAAUUGUUGCAGCUGGCUGAGGUCUCUCCUUUGGCGAUUAAAUCCAAUCCUGAUUUUGUCGAGAAGCUGUUUGCGCAGUGGCUUUCGCUCCCUGCCACUAAUCGGCUGGUAACGUCAUUGUUAAACGAUGCGAAGGCUGGUGUACCCUUGAAUGUGCCUGGAAAUUCUUCUAGUCCUCAUGCUUCUGCUAGCAACUCACUUCCUUCUAUAUUUCCUGCUGGAAGUGCUCCUCCUCUAUCGCCGAGAAGUACAUCGGGUUCCCCUCGGGUGAUGAGACAGAGGGUUGGUCCUUCUAAUUUAGGCUCCCCGCUGAAAGUGAUUACUGAGACAAUUAAAGAACCAAUUCCGCAGUUUUACUUCCAAAAUGGACGUCCACCACCAAUUGACAUAAAGGAGCAAUGUCUGUUCAGGAUCAACCAGGCUUUUUACGGGCACCUAGAUGGAUUGCAAGUCCAUGAAUUUAGGGCAGUUACAAAAGAAGUAUGCAAGCUGCCAUCAUUCUUUUCCCCUUCUCUUUUCAGGAAGAUAGAUGUUAACAGCACCGGCAUUGUAUCGAGGGAUGCUUUUAUUGAAUACUGGAUCAAUGGAAACAUGUUGACACUGGAUAUAGCAACCCAAAUUUUUAAGAUUUUAAAGCAGCCAGAUCUCAAGUAUUUGACUCAGGAUGACUUCAAACCUGUGCUUCGAGAACUCUUAACAACGCACCCAGGGUUGGAAUUCCUGCAGAGCACUCCUGAAUUUCAGGACAGAUAUGCUGAAACAGUAAUAUAUAGGAUAUAUUACUAUAUAAAUAGAGCUGGAAAUGGUCAGCUUUCACUCAGGGAGCUCAAACGUGGAAAUUUGAUUGAUGCAAUGCAACAUGCUGAUGAAGAAGAGGACAUCAACAAAGUCUUGAGAUACUUUUCAUAUGAGCACUUCUAUGUAAUAUACUGCAAAUUUUGGGAGCUGGACACGGAUCACGAUUUCUUGAUCGACAAGGAGAACCUUAUCAAAUAUGGAAAUCAUGCUCUUACCUACCGGAUUGUUGAUAGAAUAUUCUCUCAGGUUUCAAGAAAGUUUACUAGUAAGGUUGAAGGUAGGAUGGGAUAUGAAGAUUUCGUUUAUUUUAUAUUGUCCGAGGAAGAUAAAUCGUCAGAGCCUAGCCUUGAGUAUUGGUUCAAGUGCAUAGAUUUGGAUGGUAAUGGAAUUUUAACGCGGAAUGAAUUGCAAUUCUUUUAUGAGGAGCAGUUACAUCGUAUGGAAUGCAUGGCUCAAGAACCUGUGCUUUUUGAGGAUAUUUUGUGCCAGAUAAUUGAUAUGAUUGGACCAGAGAACGAGAAUUAUAUCAGUCUACGGGAUCUGAAAGGCUGCAAGCUUUCUGGAAGUGUUUUUAAUAUUCUUUUCAAUCUGAAUAAGUUUAUGGCCUUUGAAACCCGUGAUCCGUUUCUUAUCCGCCAGGAACGGGAGAAUCCUACUUUGACAGAAUGGGACCGUUUUGCGCAUAGAGAAUAUAUUAGGCUUUCGAUGGAAGAAGAUGUGGAAGAUGCCUCUAAUGGAAGUGCAGAAGUUUGGGAUGAGUCUCUUGAAGCUCCAUUCUGAGUGGAAUUGGGGAGCAGAAGAAAGCGGCUUGGCUUGAAAAUUUUCGUUUUUAAAUUGGCCACGAGUUGAAGAAAUGUACCGAUGGAUCGAUUAGUCCUUUUGAAUGAGAAUGCAGACC